AUGGAUUUUUGUUUUGCUCCCAGGAAUUGUUGUUUAUAUCUCACCAUCAUUUUCCUUUCACUGUUCUCGCCGCUCUCCGAGUGCAACCAGUUUUGUGAUGCUGGGAUUGCAUAUGGCGAGUCGGCAUGUGGAGCUGGUCCAGCUUACCCUUCAAAGAUUUUGAUAAAGGGAGGUACUGUUGUGAAUGCCCAUCAUCAAGAAAUUGCCGAUGUGUACAUAGAAGAUGGAAUCAUUGUCGCUGUACAGAACAAUAUUGUGGUUGGAGAUGAUGUUAAAAUUAUUGACGCCACUGGAAAGUAUGUCAUGCCAGGAGGUAUCGAUCCACAUACACACUUGGCCAUGGAGUUCAUGGGCACCGAAACUAUUGACGAUUUUUUCAGCGGGCAGGCUGCUGCAUUGGCUGGUGGGACCACAAUGCAUAUCGAUUUUGUUAUUCCAGUGAAUGGGAGUUUAUCAGCAGGCCUCGAGUCUUAUGUGAAAAAGGCAGAAAGAUCGAUCACCGAUUAUGGUUUCCACAUGGCAAUAACUAAAUGGGACGAAACCAUUUCAAGAGAAAUGGAAGUUAUGGUCAAGGACAAAGAUAUCAUGCAGCUAGAAGGUGAGGCCACUGGUCGAGCUAUACGUUUGGCAGGUUUCGUGAACACUCCUUUGUAUGUUGUCCAUGUCAUGAGCAUUGAUGCGAUGGAGGAAAUAGCUAAAGCUCGAAAAUCAGAUAACAAGCUUCUUGCUUUGUUGGUCAUGUUUAAUAAGUUUGAUUCUUCUGUUGGUCAGAAGGUUAUUGGAGAGCCUGUUGUUUCAGGUUUAAUUUUGGACGAUACAGUCCUCUGGGAUCCCGACUUUCAGAUAGCAGCAAAGCAAGAACCUUUUCCUCUUCCAAGAAACUCUUUAUAUUAUUCUCUCCAAUUUCCUAGGGAGUUUGUCAUGAGUCCACCUAUUAGGGCACCUGGACAUGGUAAGGCUCUUCAAGCGGCUCUCUCAACCGGGAUUCUACAGGUGUCUGGACAAAUAUCUGUUGCUGAUUAUGUUAGGGUGACUAGCACCGAGUGUGCCAAAAUUUUCAACAUCUAUCCAAGAAAAGGAGCAAUUCUAGUUGGGUCAGAUGCAGAUAUCAUCAUAUUAAACCCUGAUGCAAACUUUGAAAUCAGUUCAACUACCCACCACUCUCAAACAGAUACAAAUGUUUAUGAGGGAAGAAGAGGGAAGGGAAAAGUUGAAGUAACCAUAGCUGGAGGAAGAGUGGUUUGGGAGGACAAUGAACUUAAGGUCAUCCCUGGUUCCGGAAAAUAUAUAGAAAUGCCUCCUUUUAGUUACCUUUUUGACGGGAUUGAAAAAACAGACGCCGAAUAUUUUUCUUCCUUACGAGCUCCCGUAAAACGAGCAACCCACACUAGCUGA